AUGGAGACCGGUGCCGGGCGAGCUUCCGGCCGGCUGGUGGCCGACGGCGGUGAGAAGGCGAGCGCGACCGCCUGCGGCCCCUGUCGCGGCCGGGGCCUGCUCUGCGGGCGGGGGGCCGGCGAGAGAUAUGUGGGACAGUUCUACAUGGACCAUCACCAUGGGAAGGGUAUUUGCUACCAGCCUGAUGGUUCCAAAUUCACAGGAGCAUUCUAUCUUGGCCAUGUGGAAGGCUAUGGGACCCUGGAAUGGAAGGAUGGCAAAAAAUUUCAGGGGCUGUACAAAUGUGAUGAGCGAUUUGGACCAGGGAUUGAGAGCUAUCCAGAUGGCUGUCAGGAUGUUGGCUUGUGGCAUGGGAAUCAUCUAAUUAAACUGUGUGCUGAAGUACCUGUUUAUUUUUCUGUCUUGGAUUAUCCAGAACACUGCAGAUAUAUUGACGACAGUUCUCAAAGGAAGUAUGUUUCUGUUGAGGAGGACCCUUUUCUCCAUAGCUGUAAACAUCUCCCUUUUGAUGAUAAGGAUAUUUUCCCUGAAGGAGUCUUUGCAUAUUCUCAUAACACAGAUCAUCUUACUUUGACUCACUCCUUCCUGGAAGAUUGUGAUGCUUGGUAUUUUCAGAACACCACAAAGCUGCCUGAGGAGGACCAUUGGCCUGUUGCAAAUGUAACACCUUUGCUGGUUAGAAUGCAAAUGCAUGCUUAUAAGCACAGGCACUGUCAAAUGGAGUUCAUUUCAGAUAUCAACCUCAUUCUCAAUGGAGUCCACAGUAGUCAUGGGCCUUCAGGCCCCAGGGAACUUGCUGCAGAACACUUAAUUCAGAAGGCAGCAAGAGGAGAUUUUGAUGGGGUCUGUGCAGUUCUGAGGAAUGAACUUGCUCAUCCAGAUGUAGCUGAUAGACAUGGAUACACAGCACUUGCUGCUGCUGUGGUUAAUUCCCACAAUGAUGUUAUCAAUCUUCUUCUUGAUAGUGGAGCGGAUGUGAAUAAGUGUAGUGAUGAAGGAUUAUCUGCUCUCUCCAUGUGUUUUAUUCUCUAUUAUCCAGAAGAAUCUUUUAAGGGUAAUAUUGCUGAGAGGAACUUGCACAGUUACAAGAGGAAUGAACAAUCAGAAUCCUCAGAAACAGUCGUUGGGACUGAAGGCAUAAUCUCAAAGCAACAGAAGAGAUGGGAGACAAUCCAACUGCUGCUUCGCCGAGGUGCAGAUCCCAAUGUAGCCUGGGUUCCACCACACAUUCUGUUCUUUGCUGUUAAAGCUGCAGAUGCAGAAGCAGUGAAACUCCUUGUGGAAAGGGGAGCCAGGACUGAUGUGUGGCUUCCAUCCAAGUUAGGGGGUUUAACUCCUCUCCACAUAGCUGCAUCAAUUCCUGGAGGAGUCCAGAUAAUGCAAUACCUCCUGAAUUCUGUCCUAGAUCUUGAUGCAAGGGCAGAAGAUGGAGACGAAGUAUAUGGUCCAGACAGGAUUCCUCUUCCUCAAGACAAGGAAGCUAACUUGUCAGGUGAUGUCACUUUGCAACUGAAAAACGAAGCAGGACCACCACAAGAGUACUUCUCUUCCAAUAGUGGUCCUGUUCCUGAAGAAGGUGGAAGAAGUGCACUGCAUAUUGCAUGUGAAAGAGAGGAUAACUGUGAGCAUGCCAGAGAUGUUAUCCGUCUCCUUUUAAUGCAUAAGGCAAAUCCAAACAUAUUGUGGAGUGGCCAUUCACCACUUUCCUUAGCAAUUGCCAGUGGGAAUGACUUGGCAGUGGUUGAACUCCUCAAGCAUGGGGCUGACCCUAAUUUGACAGUAAGUGGUGUGGUAAAAAAUGCUCUCUGUGCAGCUGUCAGUACCAUGUAUGAACAACAGAGAACAACAGCACAGAGGAUUGCUUUGGUUGAUAAGCUGCUUGAAACUGGUGCAGAUAUCCUUGCACCAGUUACUUUUCAGGAAGGACAGUAAAAAGCUGUGGGAACAGAUGUCGAUGCCUAUUACAAAUAUUGUCAGGAUAGGAGAAUUGCUAACACACCAUACCACAUACUGUCAGUAUCUGAGCAGGAAGUUUUUCAAAUACGCCAGUUGCUGCUGGAACACAUUACAGCAAAGCUCCGUGAGACUGUCAUCCUGAAAGAGAAGGAGUGGGAUCAAGAAGAGCUGAGAAGAUCCAAGAAAUUGGAUUCAGUCAUUCAUACAUGUGUUUCAAAGAUGAAAGAGAGGAGCCAUCAUGUGGAAGAAGUGAGGCUGCCAUUGUUUAAAUACUGCUAUCAAUGUGGACGUUCUGUUGGUGUUCAGCUAUCACCUUGCAUAUGUUGUCAUGAAGAUUUCACUUGCAGUGAGACUUGCAGAAGGAAAUCCUGGAAUGAACAGCAUAGGCAUGAGUGCUUGGGAUUGCUGGUAUUUACUGCUAAGAUCAGCCCUCAGGAAUCUCAGACCCUGGAGACGAGAGAGGAAAUCCGGAGAAAGGAGGACUUUCCCUUGGUCUAA